AUGUUUUCAGAAAAAUAUCAAGAUAUUAAUUACAUUAUGUCCAAGGAAGGCUCUUUUCAAAACAAACUUUGGGACCAGAACAUACAAGUCGAUACUUUUGAUGAAGAUUUCUUCAAUGACACCAAUGAUUUGGAGCUCUCAUUGCUAAGCCAAGGGAAUGGAAGUGACUACCAUAGUUCUGAGGAUAUGGCCUUUGGCACAAUUGAUCCAACUUCUGGAAGCGACAUUAAGGAGGAUUUUCUCAAACAUCUAGACGAGGAGCUCAAGGAGAAUAAGUUUAGUGAUCCCCCUUGCUUGGAUGUAGACAAUUGUAAUGACUCAUUGGAAUGCUUACCUGAGGAGGUAGAUAGUCACCUAAAACCCUCAAAUGAAGAAGAAAAGGAUAAUUCUUCAGAGAAGAUCCCCAAGUUAAUGAUCGAAGAAGGAACAAAAUUUAGCCUCAGUAGCUCGAAGGAUACCAAGACCAAAUCACUCUACAAAAGAGUGGAGAAAGUUGCAUGCCGGAUCUACGAAGAGAAUUCAGUACUUGGAAAGGUCACAAAAACUUUUAACAAGGAAGUCUAUGAAGACUACGAACAUGUUCAUGAAAAAUUCUUCUUGCCAUUUAUUCUAAAUGACCAAGAAGUAGGACAGAAUAUCGUAAAUGAGGAUAAAGAUUCCUUAUACACUUUCAUUGCCAUAUCUAUAAGGAAGAAGCACAGAGAAAGGAUAAAAGCACAAAUAAACAAAGCCCCCUUUAUGUCUCAAGAAGAGAGAAGCUCAUUGCUAUCUAAGUUUGAGACAAUAGAGGAGUCUUUUAAAAAGAAGUUAGAACAUCGUGUUGCCACCAGCAUUAGCUUUAGAAGAAUUCUUCUUAAGCUGCUACAAUUGCCAGAAUUGCUAAAUAAUCUAACACCUAAGGAGAAGGUCUAUUUCAACCAAUUCAGAGCUUAG